UCUUCACACAGUAUGGAGAGGCGCGGCCCUGUUCCUUGGCUCCUGUUAUUGCAAGUCGGGUUGAUAUUGCAGUGCUACACCUCCUGUGAGUCUUAUACGUCAACACUCUCCCUCCCAGCCUGCGAGAUGAGAUCUGCACAAGCGUUUUCACCCGUGGAGAUGCUGUACGACACUAACAAAAAGCUUUAUAUAACAACAAUAAGACUCAAGUUACCAGCAGGUAGAUGGGACCUUCAUCUGCAGGUGAAAAUGGACGAAGAAAAAGCUGAAAUACACUUACAUGGUGACUCAAACACCUUCAAGAACCUCGUGAUCAACAACGACUGUACCUUCUCCUAUCCUUGGCCAACAAAUUCCUCGACCCUGGAAAUUUACUUGGAUGUGACGCUGAAAGACAGACGAUUAAAAGUUGGGUCCCAGUCAAGGUUACAAAAUUUGGAACCCUAUUCUUGCCCAAGUCGCCUCAGUGUUAAGUCUCUGAAGCAGAGCGUUAAAUUGACUCUCCAAUCUGCGGACAACAUUGAGGCUUACUCCUGUCCAUGUAAUGACACCAGAAAAGAAGGACUAUGUGCUAAUCUUACAAUACCGAGUACCAGUACCAACGAACCAAUACUGAGAACCAGUACCAACGAACCCGGGAAGGGGAAUGAUGGUGGAUAUUAUAUCUUGUAUAUACAGUAGUGUUGCCCUUGGUGACGGCGGUGGUACUCAUGAUGGUGCUGUACCUCUGUGUGUACUUUCAUCGACUUACUGGUGGUUGUAUCUGCUGCUGCUGCCGCCGUGACUCUCAACCCACACACCCGGCAUCCAACUCCACAACCCACCAGCAGGCAUCAUCACAUCCUCGUCAUCAGAGUAACCACAUUUUUCUUGUAUAAACCAAAUGUUGACCCAAGACCGGCUACCACAAAGACCUCAGAUUCCGGUAGAAAAUUUACCCUGGGGAUCUUUCCUGGAGAGCACGGAACCGUUUCAAUCAGACAGAAGUGACAACAUCGACCAGCUUUCCGGUCAGCGUGUUUGUAAUCUCAUUUAUCGUUCCUACAGUAGUUAUGUUGAGCAGCCUUAGCCUGGUGACCCAGACUGCCUACAGCACUGUGGCUGGCGCCCCUCGUCUGAGUUACAGGAAGUCUUUGGCUUGGGAAUUGUUUGUCUUAUGACCUUUGUUUUAUGACUUGUUUAUACAGUUAGAGAAUUCAAUAAAAAUGUGUGUGUGUGUGUGUGUGUGUGUGUGUGUGUGUGUGUGUGUGUGUGUGUGUGUGUGCACUUCCAUUCUGUCUCCAUAAGACAUUAUUUCCCUACUAUAACAAAGUAAUUUUUUAUUGAAUGUUUAUUUUUUUUAAAUGUGUUAAGACAGGCUAAACACAUCUUAUUUACUCUCAAGACAAGAAUGAAGGAAAGAUUACGCACCUUAACACUUCAUUUAGGAGUCCCCCGGGGCCUCACCUCCUGGCAGACGACGUCCCUCACCACCCAGCUCGCUCAGGGGCUCCGGGCUACAUCAGGCUGCCUCACUCCUAAUCAAAUAUAUUAGCACUUCUAGGUACACGCUCCCUCCCUCCCACUCUGCAGUUAGGGAGUGAGAUGUAACAUUGUCUAACGGCUGUAGAAGAUUGUACACAAUUGUGUACAUUCUGUUUUCACCAGAAUGAACGUUAUCAGUCGACCCCUCCAUAUCAGGCCCUGACGUCACAGUUGUAUUACCAUCUUUUAACUAACCACUCACUGCAGAUCUGUGACGUCACCGUUGUAUUGCCAUCGGUUAAUUAACCACUCACUGCACUGUAUCACACUCGUCAGUCACUCACUUUUGCAGCAAUGAAAGAAACUAAUUAUGAUCUUGUUUACCAACACUUGAUACACUGUCACACACUAAGGGGGCCUUUGGCGCUACAAAAACACAACCCUUGAUUACUGCACAAAAGAGGGUUGUGCAGACAAUGACCUACUUGAAAAAACUGAUCACA